ACCUCCAUCAAAUGUCUAUCAUUUGAUGUGACAUCCUACUUCUAAUAUAAACAAGUAACAGAACCUGUUGUCCAAACGUACUCGAUCUUACAUGGCUUUCACACCAUCGUUAGUCGGCCAUGGGAGUGUUCAAGAGCUUGCAAAAGAGCUCAACCUCACAGUCCCUCACCACUAUGUUCAAGAACAUCAAGAACCCACCUUCGUCCCCAACGGUUCUUCGCCUACGAAGUCUAUCCCAGUUAUCGACAUGAACGAUUUCAUCGUGGGAGGAUCCGAUAUUAAGCUACAGUUGGAAAAUCUGCGAUCUGUAUGCCAUGAAUGGGGGAUCUUUCAGUUGGUGAACCAUGGAGUUGACAGAUCGUUGGUGGAGAGAAUGAAAAAGGAGAUGGUGGAGUUUUUCAAGAUUCCGAUAGAGGAGAAGCUGAGGUACAAGUUGAAGGGAGGUGAGUAUGAAGGGUAUGGUCAAACGAUACUCCAUGGUCAUGAUCAGAAGGUUGAUUGGGCUGAUCGCUUUUAUAUGAUCACCAAUCCUCUUCAUAGAAGAAAAUCCAACUUACUUCCUGAGUUCCCUCCAUUACUAAGAGACACACUUGAGAAAUACUUGCUAGAGGUGCAAAAACUUGGAAUGAGUUUGUUCGGUUUAAUCGGGCAAGCAGUGGAUAUCGAUAAUAAAGAAAUGUUUGAGAUUUUCGAAGAUGGAAUGCAAUCGGUGAGGAUGACUUACUACCCGCCAUGCCCUCAACCGGAUUUGGUUAUCGGUCUUACCCCUCAUUCUGAUGCUGCUGGAAUUACCAUUCUUCUUCAAGUAAACGACGUUGAUGGUUUGCAAGUCAAGAAAGAUGGCAUAUGGAUCCCUGUAAAUUUCCGUCCGGAUGCUUUCAUCGUGAAUGUCGGAGAUAUUCUUGAGAUAUUGAGCAAUGGUGUAUGCAAUAGCAUCGAGCAUAGAGCAAUUGUAAAUGCGACGAAAGAAAGGAUGUCGUUAGCCAUGUUUUUCAAUCCGAAGAUGGAAGCAGAUGUUGGACCUUCGAAGGGCUUGUUAACCAGCACAAGAAACCCACCGCUGUAUAAAACACUGGUAAUGGAACAGUACCUUAAAGAAUUCUUCUCACGUAAGCUCAAUGGAAAGGCAUUUCUCAAGAAAAUGAAGAUCAAAGACGAAGAAGGCUAUGAAACUUAAUAGAUCUUAAAUAUUUGGAAGAUCUUAUAUAUUAUUCAAGAAAAAUAAAUUGUGGGAUGUAUAAAUUCAAGUAGUUUUUACUAGAUUAAUUUUGGAAAUUGAUGUCAUGUUAAUAUAUGUGUUUCUAUAUCACUACUGAGUCAG